UUCAAGCUAAUAAUGUGUACAGUACAAAUCAGAUGACAGAUAAUCUUAGUCGUCAUGAAAUUCUUCAAUGGAUUAAUAACUGUCUGGAGAGUAACUAUGGCAAGAUAGAAGAGCUUUGUACCGGAGCUGCGUACUGUCAGCUUACAGAUAUGCUGUUUCCUGGGACUCUGGUUUUUAAGAAAGUUAAAUUUAAUACAAAAUUAGAACAUGAAUAUAUUAACAAUUUUAAAGUUCUGCAAGGCUUAUUUAAAAAACACGGAGUCGAUAAAGAAGUCCCAAUCGAAAAACUCGUAAAAGGAAAGUUUCAGGAUAAUUUCGAGUUCGUCCAAUGGUUUAAGCGGUUCUUCGAUGGCAAUUAUGACGGACAUCCGUAUGAUGCUCUUGCAGCAAGAGGUGGUGAAUCGCUUGUUGGCAGUGGUAGGCCCGUUUCCAAGCCACAAGGAGUGCAAAGAUCCACUAUCUCAACCACAGUCAGAGUGUCUAAAUUAUGUAUGUAUAAUCGUUACAGAAAACCUUGA